ACGAAGGCGGAGGUUGGAUGAGCAGGACUGUGUGUGACUCGUCUAAACAGAUCCCCGUUGCAGAGAGAUGGAGGAGCUGAGUGUGAUGGGCUGCUCUCAGUUUAAUGUGGAGCUGAAGACUCUCGUGGACGCGCUGCUGAGGGAUGUGUGCGCGCUCGCGGCCCGCUGGAGCGCCGCCCUGCAGCAGCAGAUCUCAGCCAGUCAGAGCGAGAACCAGGAGCUGAGGCGCAGGCUGCACGUCCUGGAGGAGACCCUCUCUCACAGGACGCGGAGGGAGAGUGUGGCGCACCCGGACAUACAGGACAAACUCCCAGAGCCUGACUGCGAGUGUGCAAAAAACACAAAUAUGGAGACUGAACAUACAGAUCUCAAAGUAGGUCAGUGGAGGAGGAUAAAGGAGGAAGAGGUGGAGAUAUCUGUUACUGGCAGAGCAGUGCACAGUCUAGAUGCAUCACGCAUUGAUGUACUUCAUACUACUACGGAUACUGAAGAGAACUGUCAGCUUUUGGACCUGAAGACUGAAAUUGAGGGCAGCACUGAGCCUGAGAUCCGAGAGCCAGAAUCAGAGCACAAUGUAGACGACAGCGCAGACAGUGAAGACGAUGCUCAGGACUGUUUGGUUGUUGAUGACGACUGUGAGGCUGAAGAUCAAAGCACACACCAUGGUCACCUCUCUCCACCUAAAACAGAAGAGGAGGAGAAGGAAGAGGAUGGAGAGAGAGAUGAAGAGCAGGAACAAUUUGGCACUUCGCACUUAUUGAUAUCUGAUCUACAGCGUAACUCCAUACCUCUGCCUAAUAACUCUACCAGCUCAGACUGCAGCAUGUUUGUAAUGCUGGAGGGAAACACUAAUGUAUCCACUACAGAUCUGAACGAUCAGUAUUCCGAUUUAGCAGGGAGAGCCUCAGGUCCCUCCAACAGUAAGAAACAGAAAGGACCUAGAUAUAUUUGCAAUAUAUGUGGGAAAAGUCUGUCGUCGAAAUAUUCUCUUACUGUUCAUUUCACGAUGCACACUGGAGACAGGCCGUAUGCGUGCACACAGUGUGGAAAGAGAUUCGUUAACAGGACUAACCUACAGAUCCACCAGAAUAUCCACACUGGAGCAAAACCCUAUGUCUGCACGCUCUGCCCCAAGUCCUUCGCUGACCCAAGCCCUUUCGGGAGACACAUGAGGAUGCACAGCCGGGAAUUACAGCAGAGCAACCACAGUCCUAAAUGUCAGUUCAUUUGUAAUAUCUGUGGGAAAAGUCUUUCAACCAAACAAGGACUGUCAUACCACAUCACGAUGCACACUGGUGAAAGGCCCUACACAUGCACUUGGUGUGGGAAGAGUUUUGUUCAGAAACAUAACUUAAAAAUCCACCAGAAUAUCCACACUGGCGCAAAACCCUAUGCCUGCACUCUCUGCCCAAAGUCCUUCGCUGACCCCAGCAGUCUUAAGAAGCAUAAAAGAAUGCAUGUGUAGAGUUGAAAUUAAGACUGAAGGUUUAAUGAUUUGGAUGGAAAUUUUAGAUUAGACAUAGAUUAUAAGUCCAAAAGUUUGUGGACAUGUGCUCAUUUACAUUUCUUCAGAAAUCGAGGGUGUUAAUAGUGAGUUUGUCUGUCUUUGCUGCAGUAACAGCCUCUAGGAAGGCUUGUGAGGAUUUGAUUGCAUUCAACCACAAGAGCAUUAGUGAGGUCGGGUACUGUUUAAAUAGGUCUGAUCACAAACUCCAUUCCAACACAUCCAAAAAUUUAUUGGAUGGAGCUCCAUAACUCCCGAGAACAGUUCCACUGCUUCACAGCCCCAUGCUGUGGGGCUUUAGACCCCUUCAACUCACACCUAGGAUUAGAUGCACAGAUCUUAGGUUCAUGUGCAGCUUCUCCAGAGUGUCUUAUUCUUGUGACAGUUUUCCAUGGGAAUUGCACAAUUAUACAUCUUUAAGGGGAAUUCUGCUUAUUUCUCAAAUUUUCUGCAUUGUAGAGAAAAUUCCAGACUCUGAUUUCUUUACAGCGGAGGUGUUAGGAACCAGGGUGGUGAAUUUUUUUUUUGAAACAUAAGGUUGGUAACUGUAAAAUAGUGUUAAAUCUGAAAAAAUACAUUUUGUUUAGGUACUACUUUGCCUUACAAUGGCCUACAUGUACCUCUCUGCCAUGAAGAGAUAAAAAAAAAUGGCCAAAAGCUUUUCUAAAAACUGCUGUAGGACAAUGUCUCAGGCAUCAGAGUGUUCACAUCCAUUUCAUAGAAUAACUUUCUCUGAGUGAGAUUUUAGAGACUUUACAUGCUUCAGAGGUCUGUAAGUUUCUCGUGUCAAACGACUGCAUGGCUUUGAACCAUUUAAUUUUGCAGAAAUUUUGAAAAAAUGAUGGAAUUUCACUUUAAAGUGGCUGUUUAGAAGACAUGUCUGGAUACUUUUGGACAUAUAAUGCAGCUGAGUUCACGUUUCUGUUAAGUUUUACAGUAUUCUGUUGUCUUCAUUAGCAGUAAGUCUUUGAGCAGUUUUACCCUGAUUUCUCUCAGUGUUACUGAACUGAUGUGCAGUCACCAAACCUAUUAGUGGAUGAUUUCACUUUCCUGUAGUAGCAGUUGAUACGUAUAUAGAUUAUGUUGUUUUUUUCUGGCAACCUCACCACACUUAGCGGUUCUCCUGUUUUGGUUUUUAGACUGGUUAAUAUAUAACGACAUGAUUUUCUGACUUUGCGCUGGUUCUUAAUCUUAGCUCAAAAAUAAAACCUAAUAGGCUACUUAAUGCGGUUCUCAGCAUGUUCUGUUCUAAAGGAGUGAAAAUCAAAUUAGCAGACUUUGAUCUUUAUCUGAGCCAGGAAUGGUCAGCUGUGGGCCGUAUUCAUGAAGCUCUGAGUAGGACUGCUGAUCUGGGUCUAUUCCUGUCAGUAAAGUCAGAGUAAAGAAGACUGGAAUCUGAUCUUUGAAGAUGUGUGAAUGCAGGCUUUUUUUUCUUUUUAUAGAAAGAAUUGUACAGUGUUUUUCAGUCGUUGCCCUUAAUAGACAUUAAAAAAUCAU